AAUACAGGCACCAUAAAACGUAAGCGUGUAUCGGAACGUUGUUUCAAAAUACAGUAAAGUGAACUCUAUCCGAGUAAGCGAAAGGCUAUGUUACAAAACCAGACCAGCAUGGUGGCCUUCGAACAUACAAAAAACAUGUAGAGUUGUAAUGCAGAUAAGCCCAUGAAAGGUUAUUUAACUGCUGUUUAUAGUCAGUUGACGUAACGCGCCUAUCAAGAAUUCACUAAAUUAGAAUUCUCCAUACCCCAAACCUCGACGUGCGUAAAGUUAGUAAACAAUCAACUUGACACUUUACAAAGUCUGAACGCAAAACUUUAGAUAAUGUUGCAGUUUAUCUAUUAGUUAAAACGGAGUUAUAUUGCUAAAGUUUCUAGUUAUUUGUGUGAACAUACCUAUUAUGAUAUGAAAUUUAGACAGUGUUAUUUAUCAUUCAUUGUGUUAGGAAUGUGUAAUGUUUUGUUAGUGACGCGAAGUUUGCAAGGUUAUACUUAGUGUGGCGUACAUUGGGACUAUGAAAGGUGGUGUUGUUUGCAUCGGCUGAUGUUUGGAUAGCCUCUAAACUUCUCGCUAUGAGUCAGUUGACUCAACUACGGUGACAUGGCAGAAAUCCAUAGAAAACGCAUGGGUAGUUUUAAAAAAUAUCUUCCAAGCAUAUUCUUUAAAUCUAAGGACAAACAAAAUACGAAAGAAUUACCAGCCAAGUCUCGAGACAAUAGGCCUUUGUCAAGUAACCAGUAUGAAUAUCCUCCAUGCCUUAACCAAGGAAAUGCGUCUACAAACGCACGAGAUAAUACAUCUGAAAGAAUUUAUGAAAACCUAACAGUUUUAAAAGAGUCUGUGGAAUUAAAUCUAGACAAUGAGCACCAAAGUCAAAACUCAUCUAGUAGUACAUUAGUUAACAGCAUUGAAACAAAUACAAAUGAUACUAUUGCUUAUCAAUAUAGUACGCGAGAAGAUAGUAAUAUAUCUCACUUGGCCAGACCACAGGUACCACCUAAACCACAACAUGAAAAUCUUACUUCACACUUAACUUUAGUUAAACAGGGUACCUCUAGUACUGAGUACCCUGACGUUUAUUAUCAUUCUGUGGAAACGAUACCAGAUAAGAUAAAAAUCGAUGAAAACAAAUUACAUCGCUACAACGCUUCUAGCUCACGAGCCCAUCCCGCAUCGGUUGGAGCAGAAAUAAAAAAAGUAAGCACAACAUUUUUAAUAUCACCAAAAAAAGAGGCUGAAGUGAGAACCAUACAACCAAAUAGAGCCAGAAGUCUGUCUCUUGAUAAAGAAAAAUCUCGAGCUAAGAAAAAUCUACAAUCGCAUCAAAAUGAAAAUGUGCAAAGGACUUAUAAUUAUUCAGCUCCGACGUCACCAAUCCCUGUCAAUCACAAGAUUCCGAAAAUGCCAGCGACUGUGUCUCCGUAUGGAUCUGUAAGAAAUACUAUGAGUCAAGCUGGGGAAAUGCAGAAUACACAAAAAUUGACAACGAAAUUUGAACCAAAAUCUAUACAGAGUUCAGAAAAUAAAUCAAUGGAUGGACAACAAAGUCGAGAACCAAUUUAUGAUAGCACACAAAAAGAAAAGAAUAGACAGAAUGUCGAAUUAUUUUACUGGCAGAAACUGAAAGAAUUAAAAAUCAAAGAGGAUGAAUAUUUACUGAAGCAGUCUCUAAAUACUCGUACCUCGACGCCGAUUCGUCAGCAAAAUGUAAACACAGAAAAUGCCUCGGGCGUCCAAAUAUCAGGCCCCAGAAGUUGUAGUUUACCUCGAGGAGUUGAUUCAAUAAACUACAAAUUGAAUAAGUCAAUUUAUGGAGCGCCAUCUUACGGAACAGGGCAAAGAAGACAAGAAGUGUUGAUUGCUAAAAAUGGAAAAUUAAUGGAGCAGGAUGUUAUUUACAGACAUCCUGAAAAGAUCAAUGGAUCGCACAUUAGGAUGAGACCAAGUAUUGUGAAAAAUACUUUAGACCCUGUAUAUCAGGAGGGGUUGUGUGAAGAGUAUACAUAUUCUUCUCCUAAGCGGGUUAGUUUUGAAGAGCAAAAGGUAUCAAAAACUUACGGUGCUAUUCCGAACAAUAACAGUCACAGUAGGACUACAAAGAGACUUGCAGUAGAGGUUCCGCCAAGACCUCCAGUGAGACAAAGCAGUGCAAGUGGCAAUGUGAACCGGAACCAGCAAUAUGUGAAGAAGGUGUUGUGUGUAAAUAAUUCAAUAUAUUCAGAAUCCGAGAGCGGGUCGGAGGCUGGGGAGAUACAAAGGAUAUUGCAGAGCGGACGCAGGGAAGAAGACUGGCAUGGAGACAAUAGACAUGACGGUGGUCUCUCAGACGGGGAGGCGAGUCGGGGAGCGCGCGGGCGACCGUCCCGCCGCGACGACCCACGACGACACACACUGGCCGGCAACCAUCUGUACCUGCACCCUCACCACCCUGGACAGAUCAACUCACACGAGAUGGAGAUUUACAGUUAUGAAAACGAUCCAUAUUACCCUGAGUACGCCACGGUGACCAAGCAUAGAGAUCACAAGCAGAAUAAAUGCUUAGAUCCUAGAUUACGCAAGCCGCCGCUGCCGCGAGGCUACAUGCCGCAGAAUGCCAUGCUGUUCGACGACGACCCCGGCAUCAUGUCCGAGGUGGAGACGGCAUCUACAGGGUUCCGGAGGGGGGGCAAGCAGAGGUCAUCGCUCCCCGUCGUCAGGACGCCCAGCAAGACGUUGGAACGGCCGCUGGGUUUGGUGUUUUUGCAGUACAGAAAUGAGACAAAGCGCGCUCUGUUGCCCAAUGAGAUCACGUCUAUUGACACGGUGAAAGCGCUUUUCGUCAGAAGUUUUCCGAAACAACUCACCAUGCAGUAUAUGGACAGCCCCAUGGUGAAAAUCUACAUCCACGAUUCCUCAAAAGACAUGUUCUACGAGCUCGAGGAUGUCAGGGCCCACCUGCGCGACAUCCGGGACCGUUCGGUGCUGCGGCUGUUCGAGGCUCAGGACAUCGGGGGCGUGUUCCCCGGAGCCCUGGGCGUGGGGGCCAUCUCGAUACCAGCCGCCGUGUCCAACUCCAGCAAUGCCUGCUCAGGACCGCCGAUCGCGUGGGAUCAGGACCAAAGCUACUUCAGUGAACCGGAGGUCGACACUGAAUACAACCAGCACGUCCACAAAUCAAAGGUCAAGGCCGCACCCGCAUACUACAUGGGCUCGUCAGCACCGAGCACUUUACCACGGAGCAGUACAUUACUACGCGCUUUCUCACCGGCGACGACAGCGCCGGUGCCGGCGGACCGUAUUAAGACUCAUACUGCUGGUGGUGUGCCUGGUUAUUCCGGGGCCGAGCGGGCCCGCCUGCCCCGGCCGGCCCCCGACCUGCCUCACCUCCUGGACUUGUCCCGGCUACACGACCGAAGCCACUCUUUCCCCGUCCACGGGGAUAAUUUUCUGGCGUCUCCAGAACGUAACCGAGUACCUUAUGAGGAUCCCUACUAUGCUAAGUUUAUGGCUGGCGGCGGUGUCGGAAGACCACCCAUUGCACCCAUUAUCGACGAGGAAGGAAGCGACGCCGUGGCACUAGACGAGCAGUAUCAGUUGUAUGGGGUCAAUGUGGCCCCCGCCGCGGCCGCCCGGGGGCUCCCGCGCCCCCCAUUCGACCCUAGGGCCGUAAUGGCGGCGCCGCCCGUCGACGACAUGCAGCGUCUGCGAGUGGAGAAGAUGGAGCGGCAGCUGGCCAACCUCACGGGGCUGGUCCAGAAGGCGCUGCAGGUGCCCCCCGCGCCUGUGGCCGCCCCCGUCGUGGCCCCCCGCCACGAGCUCGCUCCUACUUACUCCACUCGCGCCAACAACACUGAUGGCGCGCGGUAUAGCAGCGUCGACAGACCGCCCAAAUUAGGCAAAGAUAAAUUUCAGAAGUCAGUUUCGUUUGAGAAAUCGGUGUCGUUUAGCGACGACCCGCCUGACAUGAACUCUCCCAAACAGCACUCGCCCCAGCACUCAGCCGACACAAAACCAGCAAAACCGGCAAUCAAAUCAUCAACAUUGCCGAGGACAUCCUCACAAGAGCGUGACCGCCUGAAGCCGGCGCCGCCGCCCAAGCCCGUGGGGCUCGCGGGGCAGCAGAUGACCAUGCCGCCGCAGCGCACCUACGCCAUCAAUGUCACUCCGGACUUCUUCGGACAAAUGCGCGCCCUCCAGAAGCAGGCUCACGACUUGAGGAUCGAGACACGCAACAUGCGUCGCUCCACGCUGAACCACGCCAUCCAGAUGAGGCAGCUAAUCGCUGAGACCAUCGUGAAGAUCGGGGACCUGGCCGCCAGCAUGAAUGAAGACAACCCGGAGUCGCUGUCCCGUGAGGAGGAGAUCUACCGGCAGGACAUGCUGUUGUUGGAGAAUGACCUCUAUGAGCUGGAGGCUACGGUUGAGCGUCUGCGCGGUCAAGCUGCCAACAGUUGUGACAAGUCGUGCGACAGAGACCAUCAGUGCAGUGUUCUGGAGACUCGCGUGAACAUGGCGGACAUCGAGCGCAUCGCCAUGGUGCUGUCCAAGAGCAGCAAGACCGUCGCCGACUGGAAGCUCAAGUUCCCGCUGCUGCAGGAGACCAUGAAGAUCAAGCUCAGCUCUGAGAUGGAGAAGGUGGUCCGCAAGGAGAAGCUUCUGGAGGAGGAGCCCGAGCGGCUGGAGCUGGCGCUGCGCCGCUGCAAGAAGCUCACCGGCACGCUCGUCACCCUCAAGAGGCUGGCGUGCGUUCAGGAGCAACGCCUGCCGUGCGACGGGAGGAUCUCCCCUUCCUCUUCCCAAGGAUCCACCUUCUACGCCACGGCCGCCGCCUCCGUCGAAGACUUCGACCCUGACGCAAAUGGCGUCCAUCUUACCAUAAACCACGCCAAGCCUAAUGAUAGCCGAUGCCGCUCGCCUAGACCAUCUGGGACUGAGUGUACAUACAUCCUAGAAUUUUAAACACGAACAUAGUUCUUUAGAACUAGUAUCUUUAAUGCCCCAAUUUUUCAAAUGUUAAGUAAUUUUAAUUCCCUUGUAAACUGUAAUUUAAUCUUGGAGUGAACAGUACGGACUAGAGUAGACAAAGAGUUGCCCGCACCUCACCUGGCCUGUAAUAGACGGUGAAUGAAAGCGUGCUAGUACUAACACACGCUUCAGACACAGGUAAUACUUUUUAUGAUUACGCUUUGGUGUUUAACUUCUCAUGUGUAUAACUGUAUACUCAUCUCGCACGCAUUGCAAUUGCAGCUCAGUAGACAAGUGUUCGCUUAAAGGCUACGGGCUUGUCACACAACUAUGCUUCCAUCACUAUAACACGAGUAGAUAGAAUAGCAUUUUUCACACAUCAAGAGCUGGACAACUUCAACUUACUAAUAGACACACUUUCAGAAAUUUCACUUUAAAAUUUUGACUAAUGGCAAAAUCAUCACAAUUGUUAAGAAUGAAAUUCGAUGUCUGUAAAACUCACCACCUUCAAUAAUUUAUACUUAAUGUUAUUUAUCUAUCACCAUUUAUUUUUCUUACACCAAUUUCUUAUGAAGUUUAGAAUAGGCAUAUAUUUAUAUACGUACUUACAUGUGUUCUAAAUGUGAUCAUUCGCUACUUCACACCACAUCCCUGUCUAUACGUCGACAUCACCUCUGCUGCCCAUCGGUCGCUCGGCCCACCGGCUCUUCGUGGACUAACUGAUUUCUCUACUUUGUAUUUAUUUAUUUCGUUAACAAAUUUAAGCUUUUUCAGUGUACCUAUGUAUACCUAGGCUGAAAAGGCUCAAGAAAAUAACAUAAAUCGAUUAGUCCACGACAGUGAGCCAAGCAGACGCCAUUUAUAUGUCAUUUCAUUUUUGAAUGAUUGUGUUACGCAUUAUAAAUAUUAUUUAGUUCAGUAAAUCAAUGUGAAUACUGAGAGUUCACUGAUCGUGAACACUGUGGAAUGAUUGUUAAAUGUUCUGUCGAUUCUGUGUUUGCAACGUAUAGAAGCCUGGUUGCAACCGCCUGACCGUACCGCACACACGCUCGUUCUACCAGACGUGGAGCGGCGUCGGUCGGGUCGGUAUUGCAACCUCGCUUUUAUACUGUCUUUUGGAGAUUGGCGGGCUCAGCUAGAGGUUGGUGGAAUGGUGCGCAGGGGCCAGGCGCCG